AUGUCCUGUCAGUGCCAUGUUUCCAGCAUUCGCUGUCGGCUCUUUACUCACAAAUCAGUCCUUGGCAUUGGGCAUCCCCACAGGUCCUCCAGGGUACUGGGAACUGGUGCAUCGGGAUGCGGGGGAACUCGGGCCAGGCUUCUCCGCUGCCCUCUAGCCCUGGUUAGCUCCGCGGCCACCCGACCCCUUCCGCAGCCCGCCAAGUGCCGCGCCGCAGGUGACCCCCCGGGGGAGGGCAGGGACCGGGAGGGGCUGGGGGAGGGGGCGAGGGGCGGGGAGGCCGGGCUUGGGGGGUCGCUGUCAGCGGCGCCCGCUCGGGGCACGGCUCGGCACGGCACGACACGGCAGCGCGAAUCUCUGCUCCGUUCGGCGCAGCACGGCUCGGCUCGGCACGGCGCAGCGCCCCGCGCCAUGGUCCGGAGCUUCCCCGGCGCGGGGCUCGUCCUGGCGGCGGCCGCGGCGCUCUGCCUCGGCGAGGCGGGAGGCAAGGUGUAUUAUUCCUGUGGUGCAGUGGUGGAAUCAACAGAAAGAGGCCUGAUUUUAUCACCAGGGUUUCCCAACAACUACUACCCAGGGACACACUGCGUCUGGCAAUUUUUCAUUCCCAUGAGAACCCACCUUAUCUUGGAAAUUUUUGACUUUGACAUUUUUGAGAGCUCUGGUGAAACUCCAGCCCCCUGGGAUGGCUUUUCAACCCCUACUAAGACAGGAAAUAAGGACAUGCCUUCACCUGGGGAAAACCUGGACUUCACUCUCCAUGCUACCAAACCUUCUCUCCAGACCUGGGUGUCGAAGGUGGCUCAGAAUGUGAGCAGCACAGGAGAUCAGUCAAAGGACCUUGCUAGUCACCUGGUUGAAUUCCCAGGAACUGCCUCAAAAAAAGACGAAGCCAAACAAGCAUCUGAAGAAAAUCAGUCAAAACAGGUGAAGGAACCCAAAGCAAUUACCAAGACUCAACCAGAGGAACUGCCAUUCCCUGUGGCUGGUAGUGCUACAAUGCGGAUGCAAAAUACCAGCGGCCUGGAAACAAAGGAAGAUUUGAAAGGGAAAGUCUUGCUUGCCCACCUAGCUGCUAGUGAGAGAGGUGAAGUUACAGUAGAGAGCUGGACUCUUCCGACAACAGUAGUGCCCAUGGAAAUCUCCAGCCCACAGCCAGCAGUGGACAUCUGUCCCCAUGAUGUACUAUAUGUUUCUGAUCUCAUCACAUUUUCCUCUCGCUUCUGUGGACCAAAUUCACCUUUAAACAAGACCAUGGUCUUUGGUUCAUCUCUGGAAAUGGUUGAAGUUAUCAUGGAACUGAUCACCACCACAGACCGGGGCCGAGGCUUUGCAAUGCUCUUUGAAUACAAGAACAUCACUGAACCUGGCACUGUAGAUGCUCUGAGGCAGGAGAGAAAGGCAAACCUGAUGAUGCUGGCAAUUAUAACAGGGAUCAUCUUCUUUGGCUUUGUUUUGCUCUCUGCCCUCUGCAUAGCUUGCAGGCAGAGAACGUGCCCCAAAAGGAGCUCAUCCAACGCACGCAGUGACCAGGAGAACGGGAUCCAGAACUCUGCCGUCGAUAUCAAUGAGCUGCAGCUUGUGGUGCCAAGCCGGGAGAAUGAAAACAACAACCAUUCUGUCAGCCGGGGGCAGGCGGUCCCUUCCUGUGGAGGCAGCACAGAACGGUCUCCUCAGGACACUGACCCAGAUGUGCCCUCCUCCAUAUCUGCAGUGACAACCGAGACCGGGAGCGAUGAAGUGUUCAUUAUUUCUGCUGGACCUGGGGCCAGUGGGCUGAGCUUUACCACCUACAGGAUACAGGACAAAAACCUCAAAAGAAGUGUCACAAGCCCAGCCUCUGUGUCUGACUGGCUGACUUCUAAUCACAUGGCUGCAGGAGCAGAUGCUGUGGAGAAGGGGAAUGUCCAGCUGGAAAGUCACUGCCCCAGACAACGCACAUGGAGUGCCCGCACAUUCCACGACUUCCUGGCUCCAAUCCCACAGCUGCAGAAAAAAUGGUGUAGCUGGACCACUAACAGUCCCUUCACAAAGCUGGUUGACAACAGUGGUUUUCCUACAGCUGCAAGAUCCCAGGGUGUCCCAACCAGAAAAGUUAUCUCAGCCACUGAGAUAGAAGGAGCAUCCAAGACAGUUUACUCUGAUUCAUCUGUCAGUAAUGCCUCAUACCCCCUCACUCUGUCUGCGCAAAGGCAGCGGAAGCUAAGCUCCUGCAACUUGAAGAAAUCCAGGUUUGGGAAUCCUUAUUUUGGAUUUUCAGCCUGUUCCCCUGACAACAAACAUGUGAGGUCCUUGGAUCCGUCAAGACAUCUAGGAGCAGCAUCUCCAGUUAACAGCCAAAGCCCCAAAAACCUUCUAGAGAGCUCCAACCCACUGAAAAUCAACUUGGUCAAUGGGUCAAAAACAAAGGAGCUUAUGGCAGAAGCAGAUAAAAACAAGCCAGUUUUUGUUAUUUCUGAAGAAGGGGAUGAUCAGCAGCCUCUGGUCCUAGCAGAACAUCUUAGUCACUGUGGAGAUCAUCUGCCAGAGCAAAAUGCUAUGUAUGCUCCAGCUGUGCCAGAUAAACAGCCAUUGGUUCUGACUGUUGAGGGGAACAGUUCUGCUGAUUUCAUGUCAAAUAUUCCCCUCUGGGCAAAAUCCCCUGCUUUAUACAUGGGUCAUAUGAAGGCCUCUAACUCUUCCAGGGACCAGCAGAGCUCCUCAGUUGUAGAUGCUAACACUACUGAGACCUCACAGAACUGUGAUUCCCUAGCUGCUUCUACACCAUGCCAAGCUUCAGUGCAGUGAUGCCAACAGAGGCAUCAGGGAUGUGAUCAGAGUGGAAGCUGUGCCAAGCAGCUGAGUGUGGCAGCCACAGAUGGACAAAACUGUGUUACAAGCAGUCUUUGCUUUCCACCCUAUGAAGAUGCACAGCACAGCAUAAAUGCCAUCUUCAUUUGUGCUCACUAGUGUCAUCUCUAUUCCUCUGCAUGAAAUUUUGAUGUGGUUUAUACAAGACAACAGACUCUGAAAAGGUCCCUCAGACUGCAGAAAACCUUUCCUGGCUAAAGAAUUGGAGGUCAUCUGAGACGGUUACCUUGUGGUUUAUGUCUGAAGUGUAAAUCAGUCCUCUUACCAGUGUGGUAUCACUUGAGUCUUUCUGUUGAGAGCUAUGAGAGAAACUCUGUUUAUAGCUAUGCCUGUACAAUCCAAGCCUUGCCACGCCAAGGGUAAGAAUUCAAUCGUGCAUGUUUGCAUACAGUUCUGUAAGCUUCUUUUUAAGCAUUUCAUAACUUCUGCACUCUAGCACCAACUUUACCAACCAUUAGCAUCUCUAGCAUUAAAGAUCAUGAUUAUCUCAUAUCCUAAGUUUUUUAAGUGCACAGACAAGCCCAGCAAACCAAUGCUGGAUCCUGGUUCUAUGACAGUCUGAUGUAGCUUUGUCUUUGUUAGAUCUACAUAGGCUUAGCACACCUCAGUCCACUACAUUUUUAAAUGACUCCUCAUGGCAACAGGAACAUGUGUACAAAAUACUGAAAUACUAAGAAUAGUCUUCAGCAUCCAAUACUUGGCUAUUUGCAGCUGCUCUGAUCCUAUAUCCACCAGCUAUUUAUUGCUGGUAACGCACACUGACUGGAGAACCAUUUCCCUUCCUUUAGCAGGCAAGGCUUACAAGACAAAAUGAAGUGGAGCAAACCUUCAGUGCUCACUUUCUUUAGAAAUGAGCUGCUAAGUGGCUGUGCCUCCCUGAUUACAGAUCCAGGGCAUUCAACGGAGCACUGAACCAAAGGGAAGCCUGCUAGCCCUAUUGUGUUUAAUAACCCCAGAUCAGUAUUUUAAUUGCCUCCUGGUGGUAUUUCCCUGUCUGCAAGAGACUCAGCAGCCCACAACUUCGAAUAAUUUUUUACUUUCUUGCAUGAAAGAAACUCCCUGUGAAGCUGUAUUUUGCAGCUGACACAGCACAUUGUUUUAAAACACUAGAAUGUCAUAAAGCAGGUGUCAGAGAGAGACCUCCCAUACAAGUCUUCCUUCCCCUACCCUAGCUACAGCAUACAUGGAGUUCUCUUAAUCCUUCUAUGUGAAGGCAUUUAAGUCCAACUCCUGAAAUAUUUAACUUAUGAUUUCACACUGCUAUUACAGCUUCCAUUUCCCACCUAUUAAUGCCUGAGAUAUGUAAUACAAGAUUAUAGGUUUUGCCUUAUAUUUCAUGCGUGUGUGUUUGUGUCUGCAGAGACAGAGAAGCCUUGUGUCUGGUAGCAGUGGAAGCAAAACCAUCUAUGCCCUUUAGCAGUUGACUCAAACAUGAACAGCAAACAAGUCUCUGCAUUUGUCAUUACUGGGCUCUGCUGAACAAUUCUGAAGCAGAGAGGUCUGGCUCCAAGUUAGGGUUCUUUUUGUUGCUGUUUUGGUUUGUUUGUUGGGUGGUGUGGUUUUUUUUUUGUUUGU